CCACGUCAUUUUCUGUGGUGUCGACUGAAGCCGAUGCUGCACGGACUGUUAAAGAGGAAGUGAAGCUGAAGGCGUCACUCUGCUGUUCAGACUGACUGACAGUCGACAUCCAGACAACAUGAAGGCUUCAUCUGUGUCUCUGCUGCUCGGUGUGUCUGUGCUGCUGCUGUCUGGACUGACUGAUUCUGCAGAUUCUCAUGUUAUUCUAGAGAUUCCUGCACUUCCUGUGAUGGCAGGAAGUGAUGUCACUCUGCGCUGUAGAAGCAAAGAUCAGGUCGCACUCGAAGCCUUUUUCAUCAGGGAUGGUUCUAAACUUGGAUCUGGACCUGAAGGACAGUUUACCAUCAGGAACAUCAGUCAGUCUGAUGAAGGUCUCUACUGGUGUUAUUUUGAUCAGACUGCUGAAUCUCCUCGGAUAUGGCUGAGUGUCAGAGAUGAUGAUGCUCAGGUUACUCUGGAGAUUUAUGCUCUUCCUGUGAUGGCAGGAAGUGAUGUCACUCUGCGCUGUAGAACCAAAGAUCAGGUCGCACUCGAAGCCUUUUUCAUCAGGGAUGGUUCUAAACUUGGAUCUGGACCUGAAGGACAGUUUACCAUCAGGAACUUCCAACAGUCUGAUGAAGGUCUCUACUGGUGUUAUUUUGAUCAGACUGAAGAAUCUCCUCGGAGAUGGCUGAGUGUCAGAGAUUCUCAGGUUAUUCUGGAGAUUCCUGCACUUCCUGUGGUGGCAGGAAGUGAUGUCACUCUGCGCUGUAGAACCAAAGAUCAGGUCGCACUCGAAGCCUUUUUCAUCAGGGAUGGUUCUAAACUUGGAUCUGGACCUGAAGGACAGUUUACCAUCAGGAACAUCAGUCAGUCUGAUGAAGGUCUCUACUGGUGUUAUUUUGAUAAGACUGCUGAAUCUCCUCGGAUAUGGCUGAGUGUCAGAGGUCCUGCUGCCCCUCCUCCUUCCAGUACUUCUCCUCCUUUUCUUAGCUCUCCGUCUCCUUCUCCUCCUUUUUCUCCUCCUUCAGCCUCCCCCCCUCUCUCCUCUCCCCUCCUAACAGUUGGACUACCUGUGGGUUCUCUGGUUCUUCUGGUUCUUCUGGUUCUGGUCCUGGUCUGAGUCCUGUUGCUCCGCAGGAAUCAAACAGGUCUGGCUGCAGCAUGAAGUGUCUCAGUAGAGUCAGGCCACCACGAGCAUCCAGUACAGCUUCAAGACUUCAAGUCUGUGGAACUCUGUUGGAUUAUUCCUUCUUAUAUAUACACCACCUUUAUUUGAUAAGUUUGUCUCCCUGAGGUCCAGAGAGAGCUCAGUACAGCAGAUAGAGAGAAACAGAACAAAAGAACAUAGAGCAUAAGAGACGUCACAGACAUCACUACCAAGAUCUGAAGAUGAGAGUUUCUAUCAUCUGCAUCUGAUGUUCCUCCUCUCUUUGAUUCAGCUUCUUCCUUUUGUUUGUCCCCGUCUGUUUUUUUUUGUAGAAGCCCUGCUUUUUGGUAGAUUUGGUAAAAACCCCCUUUACAGUAAAUGCUUCACAAUAACAAAAUCUGGACCUAGAAACUUGUUAUCCUUUUAUUAUUAUUCCUAAUCUUCUGCUUCCCUAUCUUUUCCAGCAUUUCCAAGGACAGGAACAAAAUUUUUACUAACAGAGUGAGAACAUUUUCAAAGGGCUGUUUGAAGACUUAUAAUAAUAAUAACUUCUAUUUUUAGAACGCCUUUCAGAGGACCCAGGGACCCUUACACGUAAUACACUACAGACACAGAACAACAAAAAGUCAUUCAGGAUUGAAUGUCUUGGUAAAGAGCUGGGGUUUAGUAGAUUUUUGAAGGUUUGCAGAGAGGGAGCAUUUCAGAUGGAGUUCCAGAGGGGGGGGGCUGCGACGCUGAAGGCUCUGUUUCCAAAAUCCCGGAGUCUGGUGUGGUGGAAAGAGAGGGUGGGUGGAGUCUGUAAAGUGUUUGCCAGGACCUUUAAGAGUCAUAGAGAAGCUAAACUGAGUCCCGGGUUUCUUCAUGUGUCCUUGCAUCACUAUACAUUAUAAAAAUUACAUCCAUAUGUUGUAAUAGAUAAACUAUCAAUUUCAGCUCUGCCGUACAAAGGUUUUUAAAACUUUAAAACUUUUUUUGGACCUUCUAGGUCUUUCAGAGCUCUUUUCCUUUUUACUCAGACCUUUUGUCAGCCUUUACAUUUCUGCAGCCUUUUCAGACUCAGGAAUUCUGUUUGGUUUCUUUCUUUUUAUUCUCUUCUAUCUCAAAGUGUUUCUGGACGUAGGCUUUGUAUGUUUUUAAGCUUUGCUAAAUAAAAGGUUGAUGAUUCUCUGGACCUGAUCCUUUCAUCCCCUCAUCCAAGGCUUCCUUCACAACAUUUCAGCAGAAGACAUCAUGGGAAACCGCCAGUGCACCGUUGAGAUUGAGAAUAAGUGCUCUGAGUACACCCUGUGUAACCCGAAGGUGUUCACUUAUGGUGGAUCCUAUGAGAACCCUUUGUCACCAACUCUUGGUCCCUCUGAAUCUUGCAGCGCUCUGUUCAUCAAUACUCCAAACACAACAUAUGGAGCUGUUGGCGUCCUCACCUAUGAGCUGCAGAACAAAUCCACAGAGGAAUCUGAUGGAAAAAUGGCCGUCAUGUACUCUGUUCCUUAUAACUACAACCAGUACUCUAACUUGUACGCAGUGGGAGUCUUUAGUAUGAAUAUAGAGUGUGAUUACAACCUUUAUAACAUGAUGUAUAAUGAGGCAGAGAUAGAUUUUGUCAGACGUAAAGCUAAAGACAGUCUGACUUACAAAGGCAAAGCUGUCACCAUCAGAGCCACCAUGUCCGACAGCUACACAUCUGUCAUCAAGGUGCAGGUGUUUUCACAUUCUUCCAUGAACAAGUAAUCCCAGUUGGCCCACUAGUACGGUCAUUUCACUUUUGUGAGUUUAUCUUUCUGCUGUCUCCUUAGAUACCGUAUUCAGGAACUGACUGUGUGUAAUGACAAUAUAGAUUAAUCUAAUCUACUAAAUAUCUGUGUGAACACAUUUACAAAACAAAUUUUAUACAGCAAAAUAAAAAACUAGAAAAAUUACAUUUCAAGCAGAAAUAGUUGGAUAAAAUUGUCAGCAGCUUUCUGUCUGUAACACGAGCUCAGACUAGGAAUGAGUAUCACUAUAAGGGUACAUGACUGUUCUGAAUCACUCUGAACAGAAACAACAGGUCUCAGUGUCUGAAAUGGAAAAACAAACUGUGGAACAGUGUGCAAAAUAUUAAAUAAAUACAAAAUAUUUAUUAAAUGAAAACAAAAUAACCCAAAACAACAUAUGUGCAUGUUUGUUGAAAUGGAAAUCUGUCCUUUAGUGAGUCUUCUGAAAUAAAGAGUCCAAUCCAGA